AUGGCACCUAAAACAAAGAAGGAAGCAGCAGUUGUAGUUCCCGAUGCAGAAGAGUCUGAUGAAGAAGUUGAGGACGUUGAGAUCACUGGAGCUGACGAGAGUGACAAACCUAGUGAGGGACUUGACAAUGCCGAAGUAGUAACAAAAUAUCAAACUAGCGCCAGAGUGGCUAACGAAACAUUAAAGAAGAUAGUCGAAGCUGCUGUAGAAGGAGCCAAAAUCUUGGAUUUGUGUACGCUGGGUGACAAGCUGAUAGAAGAUGGUGUAAAGACGGUUUAUAACAAGGGCAAAAUUCCAAAAGGCAUUGGAUUUCCCACCUCGGUUUCAAAGAAUCAACAAAUCUGCCAUUUUUCACCCCUUCCCAGUGACCCUGAAGCAUCGCUAGCUCUGGUCAAUGGCGAGAUGGUUCGAAUCGAAUUGGGUGUACAUGUAGACGGUUUCUUGGCCCAAGUAGCUACUACUCUAGUUGUUGGUGCAAGCAAGGACAAGCUCAUUACUGGAAGACAGGCUGAUGCUUUGCAGGCUGCUUAUGUAGCUUCAGAAGCAGCUAUUCGAACACUCAAACCAGGACGCACCAAUGUUGAAGUCACGGAAAUCAUUCAAAAGGCUGUAGAAGAGUUUGAAUGCAAGCCUAUUGAAGGAAUGCUCUCACAUCAAAUUUUGAGGAAUAACAUGGAGGGAGAAAAGCAAAUCAUCCUAAAUCCAACAGAUCAACAGAAGAAGGAUAGUGAGAAGCAGACUUUUGCAGAGGGUGAAGUAUACUCGAUUGACAUCUUGGUUUCUACUGGAGAAGGCAAGCCCAAGGCUGCCGACUCAAGAACGACUAUAUAUCGCCGCAACCCUGAUCAAACAUAUCAGUUGAAGAUGCAAACGUCGCGAAAAGUGUUGAGUGAGGUCAAAUCUCGAUUUGGCUCAUUCGCAUUCAACCUCCGUCAUAUGGAAGAUGAAAAAAAGGCACGUAUGGGUAUUUUGGAAUGCGCUAGGGUAGGGGUCGUAGCUCCGUAUCCCGUCUUGUGCGAAAAGGAAGGUGAAUUUGUGGCCCACUUACAAUUCACAGUCUUGUUGUUGCCCACUGGUCCUCUUCGAAUUACACAUUUCCCUUGGGACGCUUCACUAGUGAAGUGUGACAAGGAGAUUAAGAAUGAAGAGCUCAAGGAAUUAUUGAAGACUUCAGUACGACCGACCAAAAAGUCAAACAAGAAGAAGAAGAAGACCACCACGGGCACGGAAGAAGAGGAGGAAUAG